AUGGCACUAGAGCAGGCAAGGCCGCUAGCCGAGCGGUUUAUUCACUUUGUUAACAAGACAGGCUCUCCCUACCACUCAGUGCAGGCAAUCAAGGAGAUCCUGACGGCUGCUGGCUUCGAAGAGCUGCAAGAGCGGACCAGCUGGAAAAUGACUAGGGGAGGCAAAUACCUCGUCACUAGAAACGAUUCUUGCAUUGCAGCAAUUGUGGUUGGGGAGAACUUCACGAAGGAAUCGCAUGGUGGCUUUUGCGUCACAGCGACACAUUCUGACUCUCCUUGCCUGCGUCUGAGGCCUCGUGCCUUUGCAGAAAAGGAAGGAUACCACAUGGGAAGCGUGGAAUGCUACGGUGGGGGCCUCUGGCACACCUGGCUUGACAGGGGCCUUGGCAUGGCGGGGAAAGUCGUCCUACGCAAAGAAAACAAGGUGAUUGAGAGGCUACUUCGAUUCGAGCGACCCUUGUUCUAUGUGCCCAACCUCGCCAUCCACCUGCAAACUGCAGAAGAAAUAGGGGCAUUCAAGAUCAACAAAGAGAACCACCUUCAGCCUGUCCUAUGCUCUGCCAUAGCGGAUCAACUCGGGACGGCUUCAAGCAACUCAGAUGACAGCCCUAAGACUGCUGAGCAGAGGCUGCCCCCAGCAUUAGCUCGUCUUGUAGGCAAAACUUUAGGAAUGCCGGAUGCGGCAUUGCUUGAUUGGGACUUUUGUUUAAUGGACGCUACACCAAGUCGAAUAUCCGGAAUUUACGAAGAGUUUAUUGAGAGCCCGCGCCUAGACAAUUUGGCCUCUACUUUCGCUGCCUUUGAGGCACUGGUGGAUGCCAGCUCUGGCAAAGAAUGUGAUCAGCAGUGCGCUGGACGUGAAGAUAUUUUGAUGGCUGUGGCGUUCGACCACGAGGAAAUCGGCUCUCAGUCUCUUUCAGGCGCAAACUCAUCCCUGCUGGAGACGUGGAUGCAGCGUUGCUUGCGAGCACUUGACUGCGAAAGCGACUUCUUCGAAAUUCUUGCGAAGUCAUUCCUUGUCAGCUCCGACAUGGCGCAUGCCGUGCAUCCCAACUACCCGGAGAAGUACCAGCCUCAGCACAAGCCUUUAAUGCACAAGGCAAGCAGCCCCAGGUUUCUCCUCUGUAGCGGUGGUGUGGUCAUCAAGGAGAACGCCAAUCAGAACUACGCCUCAAACGCGAGCACUAUGGCGUUUGUUAGACUUAUUGCGAACGAAGCGAACGUGCCAGUUCAGGAUUUUGUUGUGCGCAAUGACUCCAGAUGCGGCGGCACUGUUGGGGCCAUGCUGAGUGCUCGGCUGGGCGUGCGCACUGUAGAUAUUGGAAUCCCCCAAUGGGCCAUGCACUCGUGCAGGGAGAUUUGCGGGGUGACAGAUCUGAUGUAUCUUCAGAAGCUGCUCAAGGCCAUUUACUGCAAUUUCCGUCGAUGGGACAGCAACUAG